AUGGGCUCGACUGCCCUGCCACCCUUUGCGCCAUUUCCAACGGCAACAUGGAAGGAGUUGCUGUCCAUCGAUGAGUGGAACGCCAGCCUUGGUGCAUGGAUAUCUCUGGCAGAGGCACAUCUCGCCCUCUCGGACGCCGACUUCUCCAAGCAGACCCUCGCUGACGAGUCUGUCUCUCGAUUCCUCACCUCGUUUAUGAGAGAGGUAGCUGUCAACGGCUCAGUCCUGCUCGGCACCUCAGCCCCGGCCAAACUCCUUCUCAAGGACUGCUUCCUACUGGCCUCCAGGGCCCUGAGCUCGUCCUCCCCUCCAGUUACCCUGCUGCAGUGGGAGUUCUUGUCCGAUCUCAGUCAUGUCUACAGCAAGAAGAGGGCCAACAGCGUUCUGUCUUCCCUGUCAACUGAGUCUAAGGAUACCGUCGAGGCUUUCCUUGGUCCUCUCAAGAAAUUUCUUAUCAAGAAUCUGGAUGACGGGCUCAAGGGCGAUCUGAAGGGCGUAGAGGAGCAUUUACGGAGGUUGAGCCACCUCAUCAGUGCAUCCCCCUCGGCUGCCUCCUUCUUCCUGGCCGGCAGUGAAUUCCUCGACGGCCUCAUCGCAUGCUACAGGAUCAUGAACCCUCCACUGAGGAAGGUCAUCAUCACUACGACCUAUCUUAGCCUCAUGGGCCUGGUGGAGACCAGCCCUCCCAAGCUAUCCCUCCUUACUGACCAGCUCUAUUCGCUCAAGACCGCUGCCGAGGACCACAAGGCCGGGCCCACCAGCGCAAACGACUCGCUCGUUCCUGAGCUCAUCAGCACCACGCCAUUGCUGCAGCAGAUCGAACACCGGCUGACGGUAUCAGGCACCGAAAAUGCCCGUCUGAAGAACAUGAUGAUGGACCUGGCUGCCUUCCGCAAACCAGGAGCGGGCAUGAAGCCUAAACGGCUCAUCAGGCGCAAGAUCGACAAGGGCAAAAGCGUUGCCCUGGACGACCACGAGGCCAUGUCUGGUGAUGUGCAUAUCCAUCGUUUGAGCCAGGUUACUCAAGUGCAGGAUCUCUUCCCACAACUCGGGUCCGGCUUUGUGUCGAAGCUGCUAGACGAGUACGGCGACGACACCGAACAAGUCAUUGCGCAUCUUCUUGAGGAUUCCCUGCCGCCACACCUCCAAUCAGCGGACCGUGGUGAGCAGUUUGCUAAACCAAGAAGACGAUCCAGUCUUGUGCCGCGCUCAACGCCACCGCUCCUCCCUUCUAGGCGCAACGUCUUUGACGACGACGAGCUGGACCGUCUGGCUGUCGACACCUCCCAGCUUCACAUCGGCAAGAGAGCUCCCGGGAGGACCGCAGACGACAUCCUCGCCGACCGCUCUACCGCGCCAAACAAAGCAGCCAUCCUGUCCGCCCUCGCGGCGUUCGACUCGGACGAUGACGAGCGCGACGACACCUACGACGCCGCGGAUGUCGGUGGGACCGUCGACGCGGCGACCACGGAGGAUCCAGCCAACGACAACGAAGAGACCCUAUGGAAAACGUAUUCGAGCACGCCAAACGCCUUCGAGCGCGACCAGGCCACGCGGAAGAGCGCGGCCAGGAGCAAGCUGAAGGAUGAGACGGGCAUGACCGACGAGGCCAUCGAGGGAUGGGCGGUCAUGCUGUCGCGCAACGCCAACCAGAAGCGCAGGCUGGAGAUGAAGUACAGCGCCGCAAGCGCCUUCACCGGGCAGCAAAACGAGCUGACAAGCACAGCGUGGAGGGCGAGCCCGGGCGGGUCGGGCACGGAGCAAUCCGACACCGACGGCGGUGGCGGGCGAGGAGGCCGAGGAGGUCGAGGUCGUGGCGGCGGCAGGGGACGGGGAGCGGGACGUGGGGGCGGCCCUGGUGGUCGUGGUGGUGGAAAUGUCGCCGGACCCAGCGGCGAACAUGACACGGAGCAGGCGAGGCGUCGGAAGGAGGCCAGCAAGAGUCAGAGGGCCAACCACAACAGGCGGGAUCAGCGGGCCAAGAAAAUGGCCCGAGGCGGGUUCCCUGGCUGA